AUGGAGCAUCGACAUGGUAUCCCUCAGGGAUCAAUACUUGGCCCCGUUUUGUUCUCCCUAUAUAUGAAUGAUCUACCCUUAAAUAUACCUGAAGCAAAUGUUGAUGUCUAUGCCGAUGAUACAACACUCUGGAAAUCUAAUGGUGACUGUAUUAAAAUUCAAAAUGAUCUUCAGAGUAGUCUUGACUGUGCAAAUGUCUGGUUUAAGCAAAAUCAUAUGAAACCUAAUAUUACGAAAACUAAACAUUUGCUCAUUGACACUCACCAGAAGUUGCGACACGCAAAUAUAUCUUCUUUGGAACUUAACCUAAAUGGAGUACCUAUUGAAGAAGUUAAAGACGAAAAACUCUUGGGUGUAAAAUUAGACAAAUAUCUUGUUGGAAUGAUCAAGUUAACU